AUGGCUAUGAGAGACCUGGUCAUCUGUGUGGUCAUCUACUUCUGCCUGGCUGAGGGCCUCGCAAGAUGCAGCCGGUCAAGGCCAUCUAAAGCCUGCGGAAGGACCAUGAGCGCGUACCGAGGCUCCAUCCGUUCCCCGGGUUUCCCCAACCCGUACCCGCCUGCGCUCCGAGAGACCGACCAGGAGUGCAAGUGGGUCAUCAACCUGCCGUACGGACACGGCAUCAAGCUAACCUUCUCCGGAUACGAUCUCAACGACGAGACUGGCGACGUCGGGUCCACGGUCUACGACGAGAUCCAGGUGUUCCGUGACGGGUCGUGUGAUGAGAGCCAGCGGCAGCGGAGCCUGGUGGGGCUGUUGGAGGGAGAACUCGUCAUCUACAUCCCGCACAAGUCCGCCUGCGUCAAGUUUAUCAGGAGGACUCACAACAACAAAGUGCACGGCGGGUUUUCUCUGACGUACGAAGUUGUGGACGCCAACAGCAAGUGUGGAGGGAACAACACGGUCCGAGUGACGUCCCAGGAGGGAUAUAUCUACAGCCCGGGAUACCCUACAGCCAGUUACCCUCCGUACCUGAACUGUACAUGGAUGAUCGAGGUCCAGCCGGAUCAGACAAUAGACAUCGGUUUCAUGGACUUCCAGCUGAGUUACACCUACAGUUGCGACUUCGCUCCUGACUUUAUAGAAAUCGGGAAUUCCAACAGGACUUACGAGUACAAAUACUGUGACCAGGACGUUCCUGAGACAUUUCUGAGCAGGGGAAACAGGGCGUGGGUGCAUUUCAGGACAGGACAGUGGAGGAAUCGUGGCUUCUGGCUGUACUAUAAAGCCGUCGGAGAGCCGACAGCAGCGGACCAGCCAAACCCUAACUACAGACAAGAGGAAGGGCGAGGCAAAAAAUAUCCCGGAGCAACCAAUGAGGCUCCGCAAGACAAACAAGAUGGACCGAAUUCAUACCAACAGUCUGUUGAGUCCUCGAGUUUCCGCGUGUCUCCGCUGCCUACGGUCGUCGUGUUGUCUGUCGUCCUGACCAAGUUCUGUUACACAAUCCUCUAUCUAUAGCACAGGGAGUAGACGUUGGGUGGUUUUUGAAAUGAUGAUGCGGUGCCUUUUGUCCAAUUGGAAGACCGACUCAGGAACAGUUUGAGGUAAAAUGUAUGCCAGUUUCCAUGUUGAUUCCUUGUAUCAAGUUGCGUGAAAUUCAAUGUCUUUCGUUUAAUUUGCACUGAAGAUAAGCUGAAGGUGACAGAAGGCAAUGUCAUGUGAAGUUUUAGUUUAAUUGACCAUCUUUACCGCGUCGAAUUGAAGUAGUAUAAUGCUAGAUUUAUUAUCAAUAAGGCCACACCAAUCUAAUUUUUCGGUUA